AUGCCACGAUCCUUCACAUAUAAUACGCCUUCCAGCUCACUGUUCUUCCACUUCUACAUUAUCUCUUGCAUCGAAACCCAGCCCCUGAAAGCAAACGUCUACCAAAAGUCCACCAAUUACAAAUCACAAUCUGCAAUGGAGUCCGUCAAGAACGCAGCCAACUACGUUGGGGAGAAAACCCAGGAGGUCACAAGCGGCACCAGCAAGGAAGCGAACAAAUCCGUCGCGAAGGACUCAGACGCAUCUCUGGGUACCCGUGCCUCUGCCGCCAAAGACGCCGCGAGCGAUAAGAUCGACGAGACCUCCAACUCUGCUUCUGCAGAAUCCAACAAGCAGAAGGCCACCCAUUGA